AUGUGUGGCAUAUUCGGGUACAUCAACUACCUGGUAGAGAAGGACCGCAAGUUUGUCCUUGAUACUCUCAUCAAUGGACUUUCACGACUCGAAUACCGAGGAUAUGACUCUGCUGGCCUCGCCAUCGAUGGCGACAAGAGAAACGAAGUAUUUGCAUUCAAAGAGGUCGGCAAGGUGGCCAAAUUGAAAAAGCUCAUUGAUGAGUCCAAUGUCAACUUGGAAAAGGUCCUUGAUUCACAUGCCGGCAUUGCCCACACUCGAUGGGCUACCCACGGCCCUCCCUCAACCGUCAACUGCCACCCUCACCGAUCUGACCCCACUUGGGAAUUCAGCAUUGUCCACAAUGGCAUCAUUACAAACUACAAAGAACUCAAAACGCUUCUUGUCUCCAAAGGCUUCAAGUUUGAGACUGAAACUGACACGGAAUGCAUCGCCAAACUCACUAAAUACAUUUACGACCAGGACCCUCAUAUUGGCUUCACAGACUUGGCCAAGGCCGUCAUCCAAGAGCUCGAGGGUGCUUAUGGUCUUUUGAUCAAGUCGGUUCAUUACCCCCACGAAGUCAUUGCUGCUCGUAAGGGCUCUCCUCUUGUCAUUGGUGUCAAAACCCAGCGGCGAAUGAAGGUGGACUUUGUCGAUGUCGAAUAUGCCGAUGAUAACACUGCCCUUCCCGCCGAGGCUGCCUCCCAGAAUGUCGCUCUGAAGAAGAAUGCGUCGGACUUCCUAUCUCCUUCCAACACCCUCCUUGGUGCCCCUGACAAGUCCCUCCUCCACCGCUCACAGUCCCGCGCGUUUAUGACUGACGACGGUAUGCCUAUGCCUACCGAGUUCUUUCUCUCGUCUGAUCCAUCGGCGAUUGUCGAGCACACCAAGAAGGUCCUCUACCUCGAGGAUGACGACAUUGCCCACAUCCAUGAGGGCUCCUUGAACAUCCAUCGGCUCAAGAAGGCCGACGGCAGUUCCAAUGUCCGCGCUAUCCAGACCCUCGAGCUCGAGCUUCAGGAGAUCAUGAAGGGCAAGUUUGACCAUUUCAUGCAAAAGGAAAUCUUCGAACAGCCCGAAUCCGUUGUCAACACCAUGCGUGGCCGUCUCGACAUUAAGGAGAAGAGCGUCACUCUUGGUGGAUUGCGGUCCUACAUCUCAACCAUUCGUCGCUCACGAAGGAUCAUCUUCAUUGCCUGCGGAACCAGCUACCACUCGUGCAUGGCUGUGCGCGGUAUCUUUGAGGAGCUCGCCGAGAUCCCCAUCUCAGUCGAACUAGCUUCUGAUUUCCUUGACAGAGAAGCCCCUGUCUUCCGUGACGACACUUGUGUUUUCGUUUCCCAGUCCGGCGAGACUGCUGACUCAUUGAUGGCUCUUCGAUACUGCCUGGAGCGUGGUGCUUUGACAGUUGGAAUCGUCAAUGUUGUGGGCUCCUCCAUCUCUUUGCUGACUCACUGCGGUGUUCACGUCAAUGCCGGACCAGAAAUCGGGGUUGCCUCUACCAAGGCCUACACUUCUCAAUUCAUUGCCAUGGUAAUGUUUGCCUUGUCUUUGAGCGAGGAUCGGGCCUCGAAGAAGGCCCGACGUGAGGAGAUUAUGGAAGGUCUCUCCAACAUUUCUGGCCAGAUCAAGACGAUCCUGGAACUGGAUCAACCAAUCAAGGAAAUGUGCGAAAAAGUCUUCAAGAAUCAAAAGUCGCUCCUGCUACUUGGUCGCGGCAGUCAGUUUUCCACUGCUUUGGAAGGCGCUCUUAAGAUCAAGGAGAUUUCCUAUCUUCAUUGCGAGGCUGUCAUGUCUGGUGAGCUGAAGCAUGGUGUUUUGGCUCUGGUCGACGAGAACAUGCCAAUCAUUAUGAUUCUCACUCGUGAUGAGAUAUUCAAGAAGUCUCUCAAUGCCUACCAGCAAGUCAUUGCUCGUGGUGGCAAGCCUAUCGUUCUUUGCAACCCCGAUGACCCCGAAUUUAAGACAUCCGAGGCGCAGAAAAUCGAGAUUCCCAAGACUGUCGACUGUCUUCAAGGUCUCUUGAAUGUCAUUCCUUUGCAACUCAUUGCUUACUGGCUUGCUGUUCUCGAAGGUCUAAACGUUGACUUUCCCCGCAACCUGGCCAAGUCUGUGACGGUCGAGUAG